AUGUGGAGGCUAAAGGUGGCGGAGGGAGGCGGAGAUCCAUGGCUGAGGACGACCAACGAUCACGUGGGGAGGGACGUGUGGGAGUUCGAUCCCGAUUUCGGGUCGGAGGAAGAUCGGAAGGCCGUCGAGGAGGCACGGGAGAAUUUCACGAAGCAUCGGUUUGAGAAGAAGCACAGCUCCGAUCUCAUCAUGAGAAUGCAGUUUGCAAAAGAAAAUCCCUGCGACUUGUCCAUGCUGCCGUCGGUGAGCGUAUCGGAGGGUGAAGAUCCUUCAGUGGAGGCUGUGACAGUGACUUUGCAAAGGGCUCUUAAAUUCUACUCAACUAUACAGGCACAUGAUGGGCAUUGGCCUGCUGAUCUUGGCGGCAACCUGUUUUUUAUCCCAGCACUGGUGAUCGUUUUAUACGUUAUUGGAGCACUGCACAGCGUUUUAUCUUCAAUGCAUGUGGAAGAAAUGCGUCGGUACAUGUACAACCAUCAGAAUGAAGAUGGAGGUUGGGGCCUUCAUAUUGAAGGACACAGCACCAUGUUUUGUACAGCACUAAACUAUGUCGCAUUACGAUUAUUUGGUGAAAAGCUUGAAGGAAAGGAAUCAGGUCGAUUGGAGAAAGCACGAAAGUGGAUCCUCGAUAGGGGUGGUGUCACUGCAAUACCAUCAUGGGGGAAGAUGUGGCUUACGGUAUUGGGUGUAAUUGAUUGGUCCGGCAACAAUCCCAUUCCUCCAGAGAUAUGGCUUCUUCCUUACUUCAUCCCUAUGCAUCCAGGAAGGAUGUGGUGUCACUGUCGCCUGGUUUACUUACCUAUGUCCUAUUUGUAUGGGAAGAGGUUUGUAGGCCGUAUAACGACAACAGUCUUAGAAUUACAAAUGGAGCUUCUUCCUUUACCUUAUGAACAAGUUGAUUGGAAUGGAGUGCGGAAUUUCUGUGCCAAGGAGGAUCUCAACCAUGCACAUCCAUUCAUCCAAGAUGUCCUUUGGGCAACUCUUCAAAAGAUCGUUGAACCAAUCUUGACGCAUUGGCCUAUGUCCAUUUUGAGGGAGAAAGCUCUGAAUACAGUAAUGCGACAUAUACACUAUGAGGAUGAAAAUACUCAAUACAUCUGCAUUACUGCAGUGCACAAGGUACUAAAUAUGCUUUGUUGCUGGGUCGAAGAUCCAAAUUCAGAAGCAUUUAAAUUGCACCUUUCUAGAAUACCAGAUUAUCCUUGGGUUGCAGAGGACGGCAUGAAACUAAAGGGUCUCAAUGGCAGUCAAUUGUGGGAUACUGCUUUUGCUGUUCAAUCAAUAAUAGCAACUAAUCUUGUUGAUGAUUGUCAACUAAUGCUCAAGAAAGCACAUGAUUUCAUAAAGAAUUCACAGGUUGAAGAUAAUUGCCCUGGUGACCUUAGUUUUUGGUAUCGCCAUAUAUCAAAAGGUGGAUGGACUUUUUCAACAGCAGAUUGCAGAUGGCAAGUCUCAGAUUGCACAGCUGAAGCAUUGAAGGCUGCUCUUCUGCUUGCUAAACUGCCAUCAACAAUGGUUGGAAAUCCUUUGGCUGUAGACAAAUUGAAUGAUGCUGUGAAUUUGCUCAUAUCUCUACAGAAUGAUGGUGGUGGUUUUGGAACAUAUGAGCCAAAAAGGUCAUAUGCAUGGCUUGAGUUACUCAACUCAUUUGAAGCAAUUGAAAAUGUAGUUCUUGACUAUCCAUAUGUAGAAUGCACUUCAUCUGCCAUUCAAGCUUUAACAGCUUUUAAAAAAGCAUACCCUGGGCUUCAAAAGGAAGUUAUCAAUGAUAGUAUUUCAAAAGCUGCUAAUUUCAUCAAAAAGGAACAGUUAGCUGAUGGAUCAUGGUAUGGCAACUGGGGCGUAUGCUUCACCUAUGGCACAUGGUUUGGGAUUGAGGGGCUGGUGGCUGCAGGCAUGACCUACAAAGACUGCUCUGCAAUUCGCAAAGCAUGUAAAUUUCUGUUAUCAAAACAACUACCAUCGGGAGGUUGGGGUGAAAGCUACCUUUCAUGUACUGACCAGAUAUACACAAAUUUGGAGGGGAGCCACUCACAUUUGGUAAAUACAUCUUGGGCUAUGCUUGCUCUGAUUAAAGCUGGACAGGUUGAGAGAGAUCCAGAGCCAUUGCAUCGUGCAGCAAAAGUAUUAAUUAAUGGUCAAAUGGAUAAUGGUGAUUUCCCACAACAGGAAAUUAUGGGUGUAGGCGUCAAACAUUCCAUGAUCAUGUACUCUGCAUACAGGAAUAUAUUCCCAAUUUGGGCCCUGGGAGAGUAUCGCACACAUGUGCUCUUUUCUUCUUAAUGGAAUCAUAAGUACAACUUUCAGUCAAGUGUUCCUUUGUUUUUGGCUCCAUGCCUCUG